AGGUAAGUGAUCCAGCUGCCUGUACCUUUGGUUUAGCUGACUGUCUGUUUGUUUGGCAGGUGUGUGCUCUGAGAAGCUGGAAGUGAGCGCUGAGUGCUGAGUGACUGUUGAUUGCUGUGGGAUUGCUGACUGUGUGAUUGCUGCCUCGGCCUGAGUGAGCCCAGGCCCAGAAGGGUAUAAAAGGAGACCCCCCAGGUGACCAGAGAGCCUGUGACCAGGGAGCCAGUGAACAGGGACUGCCAACAGGGGAGCAGUUUGCAGGCAGCUCGCAGGCCAGUCAUGGGCAGGAGUACACGGGAGCUUCGGACAGAGACUUCAGGACAAGACUCCUGGUGGGGAAACUGCAUGGGAAUGCCCUGGAGCAGAUGCUGCAGGCAGUGGUCACUGUCGCCCAGGGGGUCAAGCACCCGCAGGCCCCUCACCAAGUCAUCGCCCGUGGCCAACACCAAGUCCAACAAGGCAUCGAAGUCAACCCACAGCUCUGGAGUUGGUGCCAUUGUGCGGGUUUUGGCUUCCUGGACCAUGAUCUGCACUUCCGUACAGGGGACCUCCUGCGAUGCAAUGGGCUUCAUCUCUCCACAAAAGAUGGCACAUUGGAUGAGGCAACAAGAAAAGACCUUUUUACAGACACCUUCUGUAAAGUGUGUGGAGCUGUGCUGCAAUUUGAGUCCCAAAGGAUUUCACACUAUGUGGGCAAAAAGCAUGCUCAGAAAGUUCGACUUUAUUUCCAAGUACACGGUGAGCAAGAUGAGGGGCAAAAGGCUGGAAAACAGAAGAAGACAGAUUAUAUCAACUUUCAGAUGGAUGGAAGUGGAGUAGUGGAUAAAAACAAAUACUGCAGUCUCUGCAACAUGAUUUUUACUUCCCCAGUUGUUGCUCAGUCUCAUUACAUGGGAAAAAUCCAUGCCAAAAAGCUAAGGCAAUUAUCAGGAGACCAAGCUCAGAUGCUAGUGCAGAGCAUCCAGCCAGAAACUGCAAGUUCACCCACUGGUCCUUCCGCAUCGCCAGCACCCCAGCAGCCCUCAGCAGAGAAGUCCUCACAAGACACAGAGACUGAAGAGUCUGCAUCAUCCUCCAGUAUGACUUUAGAUUUAAAUGAUCCAGACAAGUUUUGCAAGCUCUGUUCAGCUCCCUUCAAUAACCCACUGGUGGCCCAUCAGCACUAUGUUGGUAAGAAGCACAAAAGGAAUGAAUUGAGGAAGAAAAUGAUGAAGGACCUGGGGGAUGAAGCUGUUCCUGCAGAAUCCAGUGCAAAUGUCGGGGUUGGUAACUACAUAUGUCCUAUAUGUAACAUCACCCUUACCUCUAUAGAAAUGUACCAGUCCCACAUGCAAGGAAAUAAACAUCAGAUUAAAGAAACCAUGGUUGUCAAUCUCAUAAAGAAUUCAAAGAAAACAUAUGACUCCUUUCAAGAUGAAUUAGCUGAUUACAUCAAAGUGCAGAAAGCAAGAGGCCUGGAACCAAAAACAUAUUUCAGAAAACCAGAGGAAGAUGAGUUUAAGACCAGUGAAUUUGAAGAAAAUAAUGACCAUGACGACACUGUACCUUUGGAUGUUAAGUUUGAACGAGAUGAGUAUUGCAGCCCUUUUUCAGAAACGUGGACGUCGUCAUAUGCUGUUGAAAACAGACUGCCGUGCUGGUCGCCAGCUUAUGAGACUAGGCUAAGACUAGAAAACACACUUACAUGUCACUACAGCAAGGAUCGUUAUUUGGAAAUGACAUCAUCUCAGGUGACCGCCUACAGAGGUAACAGCUAUGGCCCAGAAUCAAAAGAAUCAGGUGACUGCUAUGACCACAUCUCUUCUGAUACAAGUACCAGCUCUCAUAAGAAAGAACAAAAGGUUCAGAGGAAACAAGACGAGGAGGAACACCACUUUGGAAAAGAAGUGAAACAUGAGAAAGAGCCCACAAAGCAGAAGAGGAAGGAAAACAAUGAAGACCCUGAUUCUGGAAAGGAAAGUGAGAAGCAAAAGCAAAGGAAGGUUGAUACAGACUCAGCAAUUGAAAAGAAGUCAAAGCACAGUAAAGAUAAAAGACUUAAAGAAAUAGCCACUGAAAAGGAGAGCAGAAAACACAAAAAGGAUAAAAAGAAGCCCCAAAUUGAUGGCAAAACGGAUGAGGAGAUACUUUGGGAUGAGUCUAUCCUGGGAUACUGAGAGAUGUUUUGACUAACAAUCAGAAGUCAUCUCACUUUGUAGUCUCUUAACCAUGGUGUACUAUAUUAUGAUUCAUUUUUUUAAAGAAAAAAAACCAAACUUUUUGGUUCCACUCUUUGAAGCGAGCGAGAGCCUAUCUUCUGAAACUAUCAGGUAGUAGAUAGGAAUCUGUUUUUACUAAUCUCACACACACAGCAGUUAUGCAACAGUCUGUAUGAACUUCAAAUCUAGGUCAGCAGUUUACAGCAUUCAUUUUGGAGUUCCAUCACCGUGUAUUGUUUCUUCCAAAUAAUAUUCGAAUACUAGAAGUAUUUUACUAGAAGUAAAGACACAGAGUAUGGAGGGCUUCUUUCAUUCUUCCAGCAUACCAAAGCUUGUAAAAUUAAAAAUAAGUACACAAUAUUCCCAACCAUUUCUGUAUGUGUUUCACUAAAGGAUUUUAAAGAAGAAUGUAAGCCUAUUUAGGCUUUGGGUUCCAAUUCUUAUUUACUAUUGUUGUUUUUUCACCCAGCUCUGAGGGUGGAAAGUGAAAGGUUCUUUAUUAAACAUGCGGCUGAUUG